GACUAACAACAGUCGAAUGUCAUUUCUAUAAACAGUUGAACGUGUUCUUUCCAUCGCGAUGUGCUAAAAGAAAAAACUUUUUUGGUGUUUAAGUGUACAAAACUAGUGCAAAAUGUUGGCAGACGGUGAAAUAGUUGGGGAUGGUUCGUGGAACCUCACCAUUUACGUGACGGACAUGAAUGAAAAGCGUACAAUGGUUGUGAAGGGUGACAUGCAUAUCGGCGGGGUUAUGCUAAAAUUAACAGAGAGUUUCGGAAAAGAUUUCAAAAAGGAUUGGUCCGACCACGCCUUAUGGUGGCCCACACGUAACAAAUGGUUAUCCCGUCCCAAGCACACAUUGGACCAGUACGGAGUUCACGCGGACGCGGCACUACACUUUACGCCGAUGCACAAACCACUGCGGAUCCAGUUACCGGACCUACGAUACAUUGACUGCAAGAUUGAUUUCUCAAUUGACACAUUUAGCGCUGUUGUCCAGUUGUGCAAGAGUCUAGGUAUAAGGCACCCAGAAGAACUAUCACUGUGCUACCCCCUAGAGCCGUCCCACCUGAAGCAAAACUACCAGAACUUGAAAGAGGCGAAGAAGAUAAAGGCUUCGCAGCCACCUGACACAAACACGUUUAUAGCGGCCACCCGUGGUUCGUCAAAUAGCCUGGACAGAUCCCUGGCCUGUCCUGCUACUCCACCCCCACCGAGAUCACUAUCCGCUACUCCUGUAGCUUCGCAACAGAAUGGCACUUUACGCCGCUACGGUGGGCACAUCUACAGUACACAAAGCGACGGCUCCAGCGACGGAGGCUACUGUGGUACUCCGCCCAGGGCAGCCUCAAUGGAUGCCCUCGACUCUUUAGCAGAUCUGUCCCUGGCUGAUUCACCCUUAGAACCGGACAGCCAGUCGCGCGAGUCGCUCCUCACACCGAAAAGCCUGAUGGAACGCGCCAGAAUGAAUGUUGGUUGGCUCGACUCAUCCCUCUCCAUAAUGGAACAGUAUGUCCGUGAGUGGGACACCCUUCAGCUCCGCUUCAAGUUCUAUUCAUUCUUUGACUUGACCCCACGAGCCCAAGACGCUUCAAGGCUGAACCAGUUGUACCAACAGGCCCGUUGGCAGAUCCUGAACCAGGAGGUUCAUUGUACCGAAGAGGAGAUGCUCUUAUUCGCAGCUCUGCAGCUGCAAAUAGAGCUGCAGACCCUCGCAGGUGGCGGUUUGGAAGCAGCAGAUGGGACUAACGCGAAUGUGUCGGUGGCGCCCGAAGACGAAAUCGAUGCAGCACUAAGCGAAUUGCAGGUUCAGCUCGAAGGUGGACCACCAACCAGACCUGAUAUCACUCAUGUGCCCGAGUUAGCUGGCUAUUUGAAGUAUAGAGGAAGGUUUCACAGCGAGUCUUGUGUUCGUCAGCGCUUCACGUUGCGCGCGUACAAGCGCGGUUGGGUGUCGUGUAGGGACGGCGAGUUGCGCAUACACAGCUCCUCUGACUCCGCCGCUAAGGGCGACGCGCCGUCAUACAAGUUCGAGUUGAGGGGGGCUGAGGUGACACCAGAUGCACAUCCCGCUUCAGGUCGAUACGGUAUCAAGUUGGAGGUACCUUCCGAAGACACCAUGCAGGAAGUCUGGCUGAAAUGUGAAAAUGAAGACCAAUACGCUGAGUGGGUGGCAGCCUGCCGUUUGGGCUCACGUGGUCGGUCUUUAGCAGAUGCGUCUUUCUCGAGCGAAGUGGCGACAGUCAAGUCUUUACUCGCCCUCCAAAGGCCGCAACCAGGUGCUGCCUUAAACCAACACAGCCUCCCACAUCUGGACCAUUUGCAGCCGGAGAAUUAUUUGGCGCCGAGAUUUCUUAAGAAACUCAAGAGCAAGUUCACCCAACGCGUCCUGGAAAGUCAUGCGAACGUAAAAGACUUGCCAUUGCUGGAGGCGAAGCUCCAAUACAUCAAGACCUGGCAAAAUCUUCCAGACUACGGACAAACUUUAUUUGUUGUCCGUUUCAUGGGGCACCGUAAAGAUGAAAUCAUCAGCAUCGCCAAUAACCGUAUUAUGAGACUUGAUCCCAGUACCGGAGACCAUAUUAAGACUUGGAGAUUCAGUACUAUGAAGGCUUGGAAUGUCAACUGGGAGAUCAAACACAUGAUGGUACAAUUUGAAGAAGGAAGUAUCAUCUUCUCGGUUCAAUCGGCUGACUGCAAGGUGGUCCACGAGUUUAUUGGAGGAUACAUAUUCCUCUCUAUGCGUUCUAAGGACGCUAACCAGAAUUUAGAUGAAGAAUUAUUCCAUAAAUUGACAGGUGGAUGGACAUAAGCCAUUGAUUUAUACAGAUUUAUAUGAAUGUGCCUUGAAUUUUACCAAUGUCUUAGCAAUUUUAAUUUAUGACUACACUUUUUUUUUAUGUGGAUAUAUUUUUGUACACUGACAUUUGAAUUAAACUUUAUUUUGUGUUGCAAAAGCACAAUAUGAAUUACGAUAAUAUAUUCUACUAGAUAUACUUACUAUAUAGUGCUUCCAAUAAUUGUCUUAAGCGUCUAAUACCAAAUAGAAUUCCACUUACACAUCACGGCUAGCAGUUUUUAAGGAUAUAGUCCAGUGUUGAAUCUCAAAACUAUCUUCAUACAUUCACAGAGUUUACCAAACAAAUGUUUCUAUACUUUACAUUUAUUGAACACACUUCUCUAGAAAUAAGCUCUUAACAAACUAUGACCGAUGUUAAUGCCUUUUAGGACAAGACAAAUGGUGCUUCAAAAUUAUUUUUAAAUGUGUGGCCUUAAUAAGUUUGCCAUCUUAAGUUGAAUCUAACGCUAAGGUUAACAGCUUUUCAGAGAUUGUAUACUGUAGAAUAAGGUUUGAGAUAUUGUCUCCAUCGCAUAAAAUGCUAUAAUGAAUUGCAUAGUUAAGAAUUAACAAUAUUUCGCCUAUUUUUAAUAUAGAACUAUUGUACAAAAUAUAUGUACACUACAAAUUAUAAAUACAUUAUGUUUGUAAAUGAAUGUU